UUACAUUUUUGCAUUUGUUUCAUCUCUGACUUUUUACUUAUUUUUAACAGCAAUAUUUUACAACAAAGAUGGCUCAGUUGUGCUCACCAGGAGAGUGACUGCCUCAUUUCACAAGCAACAGUAAGAGGAUACUCUGCAUUUAGGAAUCAGAUGGAAGGAUCUUGGUACAUCACUGACCUGUGUCAAGCCUUACAAGAAUAUGGUCAUAUCCUGCCAAUCAAGAAUGUGUUACACAAAACAAGAAAGAAUCUGAAGGAACGUGUUGAAAGCAUGAAUAAUACAUAUAUAACUCAGCUUUCAGAGGAGAAGGAUACCUUAACCAGGGAUGUUCAACUGGUGAGAGCUGACUUGGAUCAUUUUACUGAUGGUCUCAUGGAUCUGAUUGAGCUAGAAGUAACAGAAAAACUUCUGGAGGAAAAACUAGAUGAGGCUUUAUGUGACAUUUUUAACCAAAAUGUAAUGGCAGAUAUAAAUCUCCAGCUUGGAGCAUUUAGAAUGUAACAACAAUUUCAAUUAUUUACGGAAAUAUCACAUGGUAUAUAGUGCUUUCCAAAGGAUCAGAAGUACCUAUGAUUAAAUUUUGUAUAUAUUUUUUGUGGCAGAUCCAGGCUUUCAGUCUUUGGUGUAAUAAACUGCACUGCCAUAACAGGUGUAUUUAGCUAUC